AAGAAGUAAUAAGUGGUUAACAGACUUACUAAACCGCACAGUGUUUCAAAACAUUCUAUUUUUUAGCUAUACAACGAGCUUUAAUGAUUCUGACAUCCUUUUGAAUCGAACAAAAAGAGAAUCUAUCAUUGAACAACGAAGUUGUAGCAAAUUUCAACUUGAACUGAUUCUGAUACCGUUAUCGAUAGCUAUGAUACCAUUAGGACUAAGUGCUUUACUACUUUGUGUUUGUUGUUGUGGACCAAAAGAAUCAAGAGGUAAAGUGCCGGAAAUGUUCCGAAAAAAGGCCGAAAUUGAUGCAAAAGAUGCGUAUGAGAUUGACGAUUAUGAAUUCACUUGCAAAGAUGGCAUAGUGAUGAGGAAAGACAGCAAAAAAACCCGAUUCAGCACGUCUAUUUCAUUUAUUGAACUUAAUUCGGUCAACUAUGACAUGUCUAAUCACGACAUGCAUGAUAACAAUACUAACACUGACAGCAGUAAUAAUGGUGAUAAUUCUGUUAUUAAUAAGCAUUCAGAAUGUCAUCACCUGCCACAACAGACAAACUCAAAACGUACUCGAUUUUCUGAUAAUGUUGACAUUUUAGGCGAGUCAUAA